GCUCAGUCCACCACUGAGGAUCUGGUCAAGACAUUUUUGGAGAAGUUUAACUAUGAAGCCGAAGAGCUGUCUUAUCAAAAUUCACUUGCUUCUUGGAAUUAUAACACCAAUAUUACCGACGAGAAUAUCCAAAAGAUGCUUCUGUGGGUCAGGAGCCCAGGCGCCGCUUACCUGCAUCUUCCAUUUCUGAGUCUUCUAAGGUUGUCAUCAAGGUCCUGGUUAGUGCCGUGGUCUCAGCUGAGGUUUGACCGGGGAUGAAUCCACUUCCAAGCUAAUGUGAAUAUUGCUGGAGCCAAGUGGUCUGCCUUUUAUGAAGAACAGUCCCAGCAUGCCACAACCUACCCACUAGAAGAAAUACAGGAUCCUAUAAACAAGCGUCAGUUGCGGGCCCUUCAGCAGAGUGGGUCAUCCGUGCUCUCAGCAGACAAGCGCGAACGACUGAACACAAUCCUAAAUGCCAUGAGCACUAUCUACAGUACUGGAAAAGCUUGUAACCCAAAUAAUCCACAGGAGUGUUUAUUACUUGAACCAGGUUUGGAUGACAUAAUGGAAAACAGCAGAGACUACAAUGAGAGGCUCUGGGCCUGGGAAGGCUGGAGGUCUGAGGUCGGCAAGCAGCUGAGACCAUUAUAUGAAGAGUAUGUGGCCCUGAAAAAUGAGAUGGCAAGAGCCAACAAUUAUGAGGACUAUGGGGAUUAUUGGAGAGGAGACUAUGAAGAGGAGUGGGCAGACGGCUAUAACUACAGCCGCAACCAGCUGAUUGAAGAUGUGGAACACACCUUCACACAGAUUAAACCACUGUAUAAACAUCUUCAUGCUUAUGUGAGGGCAAAGUUGAUGGAUGCCUACCCUUCCCGUAUCAGCCCAACUGGAUGCCUCCCAGCCCAUUUGCUUGGCGAUAUGUGGGGUCGAUUUUGGACAAACCUGUACUCUCUGAUGGUCCCCUUUGGACAGAAACCAAACAUAGAUGUCACUGAUGCAAUGGUGAACCAGAGCUGGGAUGCAAGGAGGAUUUUCGAGGAGGCUGAGAAAUUCUUUGUAUCUGUUGGCCUUCCCAACAUGACUGAAGGGUUCUGGCAAAACUCCAUGCUAACGGAGCCAGGCAACAACCGGAAAGUGGUCUGCCACCCCACAGCUUGGGACCUAGGGAAGCGUGACUUCAGGAUCAAGAUGUGCACAAAGGUGACGAUGGAUGACUUCCUGACAGCCCAUCACGAGAUGGGACACAUCCAGUAUGACAUGGCAUAUGCCGCACAACCCUUCCUGCUGAGAAAUGGAGCUAAUGAAGGGUUCCAUGAAGCUGUGGGGGAAAUCAUGUCACUUUCUGCAGCUACACCCAACCAUUUGAAAAACAUUGGUCUUCUGCCACCUGAUUUUUCUGAAGACAGUGAAACAGACAUAAACUUCCUACUCAAACAAGCACUUACAAUUGUUGGAACUCUACCAUUUACUUACAUGUUAGAAAAGUGGAGAUGGAUGGUCUUUAAGGGUGAAAUUCCCAAAGAGCAGUGGAUGCAGAAAUGGUGGGAGAUGAAGCGAGAUAUAGUCGGGGUGGUGGAACCCUUGCCCCAUGAUGAGACAUACUGUGACCCUGCUGCUCUGUUCCAUGUUGCUAACGAUUACUCAUUCAUCAGAUAUUACACAAGGACCAUUUACCAAUUCCAGUUUCAAGAAGCCCUUUGUCAAAUAGCUAAACAUGAAGGUCCCCUAUACAAAUGUGACAUCUCCAAUUCCCGUGAAGCUGGGCAGAAGCUGCACGAAAUGCUAAGCCUUGGAAGAUCAAAACCCUGGACCUUUGCCUUGGAACGUGUUGUAGGAGCAAAGACUAUGGAUGUAAGACCACUGCUCAACUACUUCGAGCCCUUGUUUACCUGGCUGAAAGAGCAAAACAGGAAUUCUUUUGUGGGUUGGAACACUGACUGGAGUCCAUAUGCUGACCAAAGCAUUAAAGUGAGGAUAAGCCUAAAAUCAGCUCUUGGAAAAAAAGCAUACGAAUGGAAUGACAAUGAAAUGUACUUCUUCCGGUCGUCUAUUGCAUAUGCCAUGAGAGAGUAUUUUUCAAAAGUCAAAAUCCAAAGGAUCCCUUUUGUGUACGAAGACGUGAGGGUGAGCGAUUUGAAACCCAGAAUCUCCUUCAACUUCGUUGUCACUUCACCUGGGAAUAUGUCUGACAUCAUUCCCAGAGCUGUCGUUGAAGAAGCUAUCAGGAAGUCCCGGGGCCGUAUCAAUGAUGCUUUCCGCCUGGAUGACAACAGCCUGGAGUUUCUGGGGAUUCAGCCAACACUGGAACCCCCUCACCAGCCACCUGUCACCAUAUGGCUGAUCGUGUUUGGGGUCGUGAUGGGAGUGGUGCUGGUCGGCAUUUUCCUGCUCAUCUUCUCUGGGAUCAGAAAUCGAAGGAAGAACGAUCAAGCCAGAAGUGAAGAAAAUCCUUACGCCUCUGUGGACUUGAGUAAAGGAGAAAAUAAUCCGGGAUUCCAAAAUGUUGAUGAUGUUCAGACAUCAUUUUAGGAAAAUCUGUUUGAUUUCCUCUUGAGGUGAUUUUCUUGCAUGCAGCUGUUAAUUUUAUGGUACAGACAAUAGGAGAUUAUAAAGCUGUCAUUAAAUAUCAUAACUAUGGCUCUGUUCAGGAAAAGUUGUCCCAAGAAUACAAGCCUGAGGAGAGAGCAUCUUCACUGGCUUUCAGUAUUUAUUUCUGCCUCACGAUUUCACUUGUGUUCAUGUUUGAGAGUAAUAGAGAAAAUGUGUCUCUGGCCUCACCAGCUGUUCAGGGGUAAUGGAAGCGGAAAUGUCUGUUGCCUGGCAACAGUGGAAAAGCGAAAAGGGGGAUAUAUGGAGGGAGCAAGUGGGGCCUUGUGUGGAAUCCGGAUGGAUCACUUUUAAGGACAGUGUCCGUGACACGGUAGAACUGCAGGGAGCGAGAGCGGCACCUGCCAUCCGCUUCGCUCUAAGUCAAGUGUAAAGGAUGGCCCGCCCUUUCACAUUAAGCUAAUCUAUAGGGAUUUGCCCACAGCGGUGAUUGGACUGGGUCAGGCCUUCUUCAGGAUGAUAGGUCUGAAGAAGAGAGAAGAAUCUGGAGAGCCAUUCACAGAUGUUGCCUUUUCCCUUCCACCCGUACCUGAUCACCAUCUCCCUGACAACGUGAGACCAGCCCCAGGGGCCUCCCGGAACCACCUUCCGCCAGAGCACACCUGAUGGAAACUCACUACUGUUCUUCGCGGAGUGACUGGAAACCUCCACUUCAUGUCCUCCUCGGAAGUGGGUUCCCAAUCUCUUAAAUCUUGUACUCAACCACGAUGCCCGAGUAGUGCUGAGCGCAAAGCAGACCCCCAAUAAACACUACAUGCACGCU